CACCCGUCCACGCCCGCCUCCACGUGACCCAAACAGAUCCGGGCACUUCCGCUUCCCCUCGGCUUUCUUCUCGUCAGUGUCGGCUGAGGGUCCAGAGCCGGGUCCCCGCGGAAGCGGCGGUGGCGGCGCCAUGGCGGAGCUGACGGCUCUGGAGAGUCUCAUCGAGAUGGGCUUCCCCAGGGGACGCGCGGAGAAGGCUCUGGCCCUCACAGGGAACCAGGGCAUCGAGGCUGCAAUGGACUGGUUGAUGGAGCACGAAGACGACCCCGAUGUAGACGAGCCGCUCGCGACCCCCCUUGGACAUGUCCUGGGAAGGGAACCCACCUCCUCGGAGCAAGGUGGCCCUGAAGGACCCGGCUCCACAACCGGAGAAGGCAAACCCACUUUGAGUGAAGAGGAGAGACAGGAACAGACUAAGAGGAUGUUGGAGCUGAUGGCCCAGAAGCAGCGGGAGCGGGAAGAAAGAGAGGAGCGAGAGGCUUUGGAACGGGAACGGCAGCGCAGGAAACAAGGGCAGGAGUUGUCAGCUGCUCGACAGCGGCUUCAGGAAGAUGAGAUGCGCCGGGCUGCUGAGGAGCGGAGGAGGGAAAAGGCUGAAGAGUUAGCAGCCAGACAGAGAGUCCGAGAAAAGAUUGAAAGAGACAAAGCAGAGAGAGCCAAGAAGUAUGGUGGGAGUGUGGGUUCUCGGCCUUCUCCACCAACAGAGCCGGGUCCUGUUCCCUCCUCUCCCAGCCAGGAGCCUCCCACCAAGCGGGAGUAUGACCAGUGUCGCAUACAGGUCAGGCUGCCAGAUGGGACCUCACUGACGCAGACGUUCCGGGCUCGGGAACAGUUGGCAGCUGUGAGGCUCUAUGUGGAGCUCCACCGCGGGGAAGAGCCUGGGGGAGACCAGGACCCUGUGCAGUUGCUCAGUGGCUUCCCCCGGCGGGCCUUCUCAGAGGCUGACAUGGAACGGCCUCUGCAGGAGCUGGGACUUGUGCCUUCUGCUGUCCUCAUUGUGGCCAAGAAAUGUCCCAGCUGAGAGGCCUUUAUCUCACCGUCCCUCUCUGACCUCUUCAUCUUUGAUAAAGCACUGACAUCUCCUUCCUAAUAAAUAGACCCUCUGAGUUCUGUAUGU